AUGGUAACUGAGAUGCGAUUAUCAAAUAACCUGCUUAUAUCUAAGGUUCAAGAAUUGCAAUCAAAUUUGAAUUCCCAUUCUGCCAGUAAAAAGGAUGUUGCUGUUUUUGUGCCAGGGUCAGGUGAGCAACAAACGAGCCAAACAUAUAGCAGUGUUUUGAAAAGGAAUACAGGUAAUGAGUCACCAGUUCUUCUUGUUAAAACGAAAGAUGGGAAAUCCCAACAUGAUGUCAUGAAAAUUCUAACUAAAGCUAUCAAUCCUGCAGAAUUUAAUAUUUGCUUUAAUGGAACUAAGAGAAUAAAAAAUGGAGCUGCUGUUUUUUGUAAUGAAGCAGCAGACUUGGAAAAGUUGAAAAAUAUCGUUACGUCGAAAUUAGGAAACAAAUAUACAGUUGAUCAGUCGCAAAACUUAAAUCCUAGAAUUAUGAUCCGUAAUGUUAAGCUUGAUAAUCAAACGGAUAGUUCGCUCAUAGAUAACUUCAUUUCUGCAAAUGAUUUGGAUGGCUUUGAUGCAUCAGAUAUCAAGAUUGUUGUAAAGCUAAAGUCUGCUGUAAAGGAUCAUCAUAAUCUUGUUUUGGAGGUCGCUGAGAAAACGCCUAGUGGAUAAGGGAUUUGCAUAUGUUGGCUGGAAAAAAUGUAGUGUUGGUGAUAAUUUGAUUGUCACGCAGUGUCGUAAAUGCAAGUUUGGUCAUUAUCAGCAGAACUGUCG